AUGUCGCUGCUGGCGCAGGAGUGCCCUCAGGACGGAGAGCCGCUGUGGGCAAGCGAGGACUAUGACGACCAGAACGAGUUUGAUGCACUGACAGCCGGGCUCAACAAUCGAAUUGGCACUCUGCCGAAUCCCACCAUCGAGCACGCUGCUAUCAAGAAGAAGCGGCAACUAGGAGCCGGGGGGUUCGCGAUAGUCUAUGAAGCAGACGCUCCCCGGCCUUCCUGCUCGUCAUCUAGGUCUCAGCAGAACGGUCCUUGUGCAUGCAAGGUUUUCUCUUUCAUCGCCGGGAUGGGGGAAAGGCAGACCAACUUCUUCAAGAAUUGGCUACACGAGCUCAAGGUGUUGGACUACCUCUCCAAGAGGCCAGAGUGUGGCGUCGUUGACUUCUACGGCUUCUCUUUGCAACAUGAUCAAGCUGAUGCGAAGAUCGUCGUGCAAAUAUGCAUGGAGCUGAUGAAAGGAGGAAGCCUCCGCGACAACCUGCUGAGGCUCCCUCUCCCUCUCGCUUUCACGAUCAUGCGACAAGUCGCCAUGGCAUUACGCGGCCUGCAUGCUCCUGAGCAUGACGUCUUUGGGACCAACAAGUUCGUCAGCAUCGUCCACAGGGAUCUGAAGCCAGAGAACGUCCUCCUGUCCGAGAAGCUCACAUCCGGGAAGCCUUCGACCAUCGUCUGCAAGCUCUGCGACGUGGGCCUAGCUGCUCUCCGGACGGAUCCUAGUCUGCAGACCGUGGGGCAUGCCACCACCAAGGUAGGCAAGGCUGGGACGUACCCCUACAUCGCCCCCGAGACCCUCUUGCAAGGGAAAUGCACGCCAGCCAGCGAUGUGUUCAGUCUCGGGCUGCUGAUGUGGGAGCUCAUCGUUGGUGACAUCCCAUUCCACGAUGUGCCAAAUCUGGACGGCAUGUUGCCGAUCUUUUGGCAGGACGGGAGGAGGCCUCCUCUGGACGUCGAACCGUUCGAGAGCGUCCCACGGAAACUGAGACAGCUCAUUGAGAAGUGCUGGAAUGCGGACAGGUACAACUGGCUGUAG